AUGCCCAGCUAUGUGAAGUUCCUCAAGGAUAUACUCAUCAAUAAGAGGAAGAUCGGGGAAAAUGAAACUGUCGCACUAACAUAUGAGUGUAGUGCGCUCUUCCAGAACAACAUCCCCAUGAAAAUGAAAGAUCCAAGGAACUUCACAUUGCCAUGCUCAAUCGGGGGUAAAGAAGUUGAAAAUGCGCACUAUGACUUAGGGGCAAGUAUCAACCUGAUGCCCUUCUCAAUCUUCAAGAAACUAAACAUUAGCAACACAAGAUCCACCACAGUCACGUUGCAGUUGGCUGACAGAUCAAUAAUGCAUCCAAAGGGAAAGAUAGAGGACGUACUUGUGCAAGUGGAUAAAUUCAUUUUUCUAACUGACUUUAUUAUACUGGAUUACGAAGCUGACACUGAGGUGCCAAUCAUAUUGAGUCACCCGUUUCUCACAACAAGGCGACCGCUGAUCGACGUACAAAAAGGAAAGCUCAUUAUAAGAGUCGAAAAUCAGCAAGCAAAGUUCAAUGUUCUCAAUGCGUUGAAAUACCCAGAUGAUAUGGAAAACUGCCAGUAUAUUGGAGAACUACAGGAAAAACAAUGGCACAAGUUUUAA